ACCGGUGACCGGUGACCGGGAAACAAGAAGACGAAGAUAUGAACAACAGUCUUAAAUGCAAAAAGAUCUCUGUGUUUCCCCUCAAUAUUGGACCAUUAUCAAGACUCCAUUGUUCUUGUCCAAAAUAUAUAUAUGGAUGUAUGCAUGCUAAAGGAAGAGAGAAUAAAAAGAGAGACAAAACUGAAAGCCAACCGUGUUAGUUUCUUAUCUCUUAUAUAUAUAAACAUAAAAACACUCUCUUUCACCGACCAUUACACAUUACUUUAAGUUCUCAUAUAUACUUCUCUUUUCCUCUCUGAAAACAUAAAAAGCUUUGGUUUUUAAGGCUGUCUUAGACUGACAUUUUUAAGUUGCAAGCAAGUUUAAAGCUUUAUCUGUGGUGGGGUUUUAGCACUUGGUGUUUUUGUGUAACUGAGUUGAGAGCUGGUUGACUAAGGGUUGAAUAGUUUAAUGGGGUCUUUGUGAUCGAAGUUCGAAUUGGUUAGUGAAAUCUUUGGUGGUUAAGGAAAAAUGGGUGGUUCGGUUUUAAAACAGAAACUGAAGAGUCUUUGUUGCAGUAAUGGAUGGUCUUAUGGGGUUUUUUGGUGCUUUGAUCAGAUAAAUUCCAUGCUGUUGACCAUGGAAGAUGCCUACUAUGAAGAGGAAAUGGGGGCUGUAGUUAACAGUAUGCUUUCAGAGGCCCACAUACUAGGUGAAGGACUUGUUGGCCAAGCUGCUUCCACUGGAAAGCACCGGUGGAUUUUCUCAGAUGCUAGUGAUGGAGGCUGGGAUUCUGCUGCUUCUAUUGGAGAUCAAGACAUAUUCCAGGAUGAUUCUGAAAUUCAUCGUCAAUUUUCUUCUGGAAUAAAGACAAUUGCAGUAAUCUCUGUGGAAUCACAAGGAGUGGUACAAUUUGGAUCCACCCUAAAGAUUUUGGAGAGAGAUGAAUUUUUGGAUCAAACAAAAAUAUUGUUUGGUGAGAUGGAAAAUGUUGAUGGGCUUACUUCGAAGGCCAACUCGCCUUCAUCUUUGAAGUGUGAAAGUUAUGAUCUAAAUGAGUGGUUUGAUUCCUUCUGCAAUGGGAAUAUCACGCCCAUGCUUGGUGGAAACUGCAAUGAGCUGACGGAAAUGGCUUAUUCCUCGAUGGAUGUUACUCAGUCCUCUGCUUUCACAUCAGAUGUUGAACAAGAUAGGAUGAACCCUUUAUGCUUGGAUUCCUCUCUUCCUACUAACCAGUUGAAUACAGCUGUCACCACUGAAGCUCAGAUGAUAUUUUCUAGUAAUCCCAGUGCUCAGUUUCAACAGGUGUCUUCUCAAUCUCCAUCUAUGAACAAAACAACUACCCAAACUCCUUGUACAAGUACGUGGAUCAGUGGAGACUCUAAUUUGACUUCAUGGGAGUCAAAGUUCCAAUCUGAAAUGGUGGUCCAGGACUCUACAACUGUGUUCUCUACGGAAAGAUCAAUGAACAACCAGCAUUCUUCUCCAUCAAUUCAUGUUACAGAAAGAGAAACGAGCCUAAACAGAUUCCCUGUAGAGUUCAACCCAGAUGAUUUGAGAAUUGAUCUCUCCAAAUCCUGUGUAAUAGAUAAUAUUCUGGAGUGGUUUGACCCUUCACCAGAGCAUAGCAUAAGUGGAACAGCUGCCAUAAUGAAUGGGAAUCUUUCACAAUCUGGAGGAGCCACUUCAGCAUCAUCAGGUCUAAUUGGGGAUCUCUUAGUUCACAUUCCAUGCAAACAACCGGCUACUUCAGCUCAAAGUUCUGUCACUGAAACAGAUUUUUCCAGUGGAAAAGAGAAAUCUGUGAGCGUCACCGGUGCUGAAAAUGAUCUGUUUGAAGGUUUGGGAUUAGUAUUCAGGGGUGGACAAACUGGGCAUUGCUGGGAAGAUAUGAUGAUGCCUGUAGCAAGGAGUGGUCAGAUAACCGCUAGCACUGGUGUUUCAGAAUGCAUCUCAGAGUUGGAUGUUGGUUCCAAGGUUGGCCCUCAAAAAGGAUUGUUCUCAGAAUUAGGACUUGAAGAGCUUUUAGAUAGUGUUAGUAAUUCUAGUUAUGUUACAAAGUAUAGCAUCGAUGAUCAAUUAUCCAAUGCUAAGAGAAGAAGAGUGGAAAAUUCAUUGGUAAGUAGUGAUAAACUUCAGUUAGUGAAUGCUUCUUACCCUACCAGCAGCAGGAUGAUGCAGCCUGCAUAUAAUUUGGACAAGACAAAAAAUCUUCCGUCAAAACAGGAGGUGUUCCCCAAAUCGCAAGUAAGCUUGUGGAUUGAUGAUAGCUAUAGCGUCAAUACUGGAAGUUCUGGUUUACCAAAACCUGAGGAGCUUGCAAAGCCCACCAAGAAAAGAGCCAGACCUGGGGAAAGUACUAGACCUAGGCCGAAAGAUCGUCAGCAGAUACAAGACCGUAUCAAAGAGUUGAAACAGAUCAUCCCUGAUGGUGCAAAGUGUAGCAUUGAUGCUCUGUUGGAUCGCACCAUCAAGCACAUGUUAUUUUUGCAAAGCGUGACCAAAUAUGCGGAAAGGCUUAAACAAGCUGACGAGCCAAAGUUGAUUGGCCAGGAGAAUAGACUGCUUCUUAAAGACAACACUACAAGCAGUGGUGGUGCUACAUGGGCAUUGGAAGUUGCAGAUCAAUCAAUGGUUUGCCCAAUAAUAGUUGAGGACCUCAGUCAACCUGGCCUAAUGCUUAUAGAGAUGCUUUGUGAGGAUCGGGGAUUCUUUCUUGAGACAGCAGACGUAAUCAAGGGCUUUGGCUUGAAUAUACUGAAGGGGCUGAUGGAAAGUCGAGAGAAUAAGAUCUGGGCGCGUUUCAUUGUUGAGGCAAAUGUGCACAUAACAAGGGUGGAAGUGUUUUGGUACCUUCUCCAGCUUCUAGAACGAACAGGUACUAGUGUGAUGGAUUCAACAAAGCAGCCUAGUAAUUCCAUGCAUGGAAGGAUUCCUGAGUUAAGCAGUUACCAGCUUCCUGCAUUGCCAUGUCCCGUCAGCCUGACUGAGACUAUUCAAUGAUAGAUAGAUCUCUUUUGUAGGGAUUGUAGAACACUUUGAGCAUUCAUUUCUUUAGAUAUUGCUGUGAUUUGUGUUCCAUUUUGACUCCCUUAAGAUCGAAGCAAAAUGCGAACAUGUUUGAUAGAUAGGAAAUACUUCCAAAGGAAGGGGCUAGGUUUCUAGUUACUCGUGUGGUGCAGCAGUUGGAGGGGGAUGUCCCCUUGGAUGUUAACUUGUUUUAUAAUCAGUUGAUCUAAGCCAGCAUUGCAUAGAAUUGAAAGAGAGUGUAGUGAACUGUAUUUGUAUUUGUUUUUCUUAGGCUUCGCCACCAUAAUCUGUUUAUAUAAUGAAGUAUACCAGUUUAGUGU